AAUUCCCGGUAUGUACUUCCUUGUUCGCUGUGACAGCGCUUUGCUAACUCGUCUUUUUAGCUAACUGCUGCUCCAGCCUCUCCCACUCAGUCAUGAUGUGGAGGACGCCGGUGUAUUAGUGGCAUAAUAACCCGCAUGUCAACGACACUCUUUGGGUCUAAGUCGAAAAGACAGCCGGUGGAGAAUAUUUGGACUCGAUGAAUUGAUCCCCAAAAUUUCGUUAUUAAUUCGUCCAGAGGUGUUCAUUUCACCAGAACCUCCAACAUGGACGACCCCAACAAACCUCGCAAAAUGUCCACGGCAGGGGACAGCCUGUACAAAGUCCUGGGCUUGCAGAAGGGAGCAUCGCCCGAUGAGAUAAAAAAGGCCUACAGGAAGCUGGCGCUGCGGCACCACCCGGACAAGAACCCCGACAACCCCGAAGCGGCAGACAAGUUCAAGGAGAUCAACAACGCCAACUCCAUCCUGAGUGACGAUAACAAGCGUAAGAUCUACGACGAGUACGGCUCCAUGGGCCUCUAUGUGGCCGAGCAGUUUGGCGAAGAGAGCGUCAAGUACUACUUCCUCAUGUCCAAGUGCUGGUUCAAGGCCCUGCUGUUUUGUUGCGGCAUCCUCACAUGCUGUUGCUGCUGCUGCUGCUGCUGUUUCUGCUGCGGCAAGUGCAAGUCUUCCGAGGACGAAGAAAGAGACUUCUACGUGGACCCAGAGGACCUGGAGGCGGAGAUCAGAGAGCAGGAGGAAGCACGAGACAAUGUAAUUGUUAUUCAGCCGAGCUCGUCUGCCACCGUCGACGCUUCCGGCAAAGGUGACGCCGCGUCAGGCGAGGACACGCCCAUCGUGAAUCAGCCCCACGCCAGCAACGGCUCCACCUUUUCUGCCGCCGCCGCCACCCCAGCCGCCGUGCAUCUGACGGUCGAGGAGUGAAUGCCCCGAAACACCCCCAUUUCAGAAGUUUGGAUCCAAUUCUUUUUUUUUCCUUUUUUUAAUCGGGACUCCGACAUCUCAGAGGGGCUUCUUUUGUUUACAGCAGCAGUUAUUUGGGGGUUGUUUUUCGGUGCCACAGGGUAUGCUUUUGGAUCCUCUCAUGUUUUAUAAGGGACUGUGCAGAAAACCGCAGGCCGCUGCCGCCACCAGAUUUUAUUUUUUUUGUCUUAGCACUGUUAGAAUGACCCUUACACUGGGUUGGGCCAAAACGAAGUGUACACUUUUAUUGAAUGUUGUAUUAUAUAUUUUUUAAAAUUACAUUGACAGUUUUUUCCUCUCCCUCCGUGUUGCUUAUUAUAUAUUCAUAGCAGUGAAAACAAUCCGUAGCGCUCUGUUUGUCCACCUGUUUUGUAAUUUGCUGGUAGAUGGAGAAUAGUCGAGAGUUGUCGUCAUCAUUCAUGCGGGGGGGGUUGGACGUUUCCAAUCGUUCCCUAUAUGAAUUCCGUGGGUAAAACAAAAACGGCGCACCAAAAUGGAUCGCAAUAUAUUUACGUGGUGCACUAUUCCUUCACAAAGGUUUGCGGGUCUUUGGUGCUGUAUUCAUUUGUGCAAACUUGCUGCAUCCUUAUGUUAGUUUUACAAGUCAUAUUGACUGCUGUCAAAAAAAAAAA